AUGUCGGUUAAGUGCGACGAAGAAUCGACCGGAAACAGUGAACAGGAUUGGGAAAUUUUCGAUGUAUUGUGCAAGGAUAUAGUUGAACCAGCUUGUGGGGAUCAUUUAACACAUUCACUGGAUUUGGUGACAACCUUACGCAGUGAACUAGCUGCCUCAACAUAUAAGAGGGAUCGUCUGAUAGCUGAGCUUUCGGAUACAAAAAGUAGUUUAUCUGCCCGUGAUUCAGAAUGCGAAACAUUGAGAGCUCAAACAGCACGACAAUCGGCCUUAAUUUCGUCGUUACAAUCUCGUUUACAGGCGACUGAGCACAGGGAACGAAAUUUGCAGACUCGUAGCGAGGCAGCUACUCAACUGUUACAACGUGAGAAAAGAUCAUUCGAAGAGAAGAACAAGGAAUUAGUUUCGCGAAAUCGACGAUUGGAAGGUGACUUGGCUACAGAAGAAACGCAUCGAGAACAGGCGCGAUGUCAACUACAAGAUUUAGUCCGUCGCUUGUGUCUCUGCCUGGGUAUCGAUCCUUGCGAAUCAAAUCAUUUAACACCAGAAACGGUUGUGGCUAAAGCCACCGAUGUUGUAGCUGAGGUUCAACGUCUACGAACCAAAUUAGGCACAACAUCCGAAACGUUGCAUGGUUGCGAAGCGGAAUUGUUGAAUACACGUACGACAGCAUGUUCCGAUAAGCAACGAUUGCAAGCCCAAGUGGAGGCUUUGCAGGCAUUGAGUCAAGAUUUGGAGAACCGAAGUCGACAGGCUGAACGAGACCUGCAAAUUACGAGAGAUCGAUUAACCGAAUGCGACGUAACUGGUAAUAAGUUACGCGAAGAACUUCGAGGAUUCGAAUCGAGAUGUUGUCGACUUCAAAAUAACUUGGACCGUUUUCAAAAUGAUCGCUUGCAAUUCUUACGUAAUAUUGCGUCGAUCCUUUGUGUACCUGAACCUUGUGAGACACUCAUUAAGGAUAAGAUUCGCGAGAUUUUGACAGAAAAUCAGUCACAGCACUCGCAAAUUGUGAGCAUGCGCGAACAAAUUGCAGCGGAUACAGGACGUCACAGAGAAGCAAUGGAAGCGACCACUUGCCGUUUACGAACGGAAGAAUCUCAAAAGUGUAGUCUGGAGGAACGGCUGGAAAAAACCCAUGACGAAUUACAAAAAAUGAAAGCUGAACAUUGCAAUUUGAGUGACUACUUGGUUCGACUGUCCCGAGCACUUAGCUGGAGUGAGUGCACAAGUCCUCCGGAACAUGGAACUGAUACGACAGUCUUGGCUGAAACGUUGCUUGAACGAGCCGAACGGUUAUCAAUUCAUCACGACAAUCACAUUCACUCAUCGUUUGAUAAGCACCACGCCGAUCACCAUCACACACUUCCAACACAUCAUCAUUCGUUGAAACUACGUCGAGAGAGAUCAUGUCAUGACAUUCCAUUGAAAGAGAGCACAGCCAUGUACAGCCUUCAAAGACGCGUUAGAGUUCUCCGAGAGCAGGUUCAACGAAGAGAUUUGCACUUAGAAUUGCUCAGACGAAAAUUAGCCCUGUUGGAAGACGGAGCCAGAGGAAAAUGCAUCGCACUGAAUGAGAGAGAUGAAGCUAUGAACCGAGCACGAAGGACUACCAAACAGGCUGAAAAAACCGCCCAACAAUUAAUCGAAGCGAAAGCCCAGCUUUCGGAAUUGAAGUCACAGUUAGCUGAUGCGGCUGAUUACAAGAUUGCCGCCCUGGAACGGGCUCGUAAGAUUGAAGACCUACAAACUCGGAUUGCGGAUAUGGAAGGAGAGAAAGCUAAUUUGAUUACUCAAUUGGCUAGUUAUAAGACUAGGGCACGGUCAGCGGUCGAAUGUUCCAACGAUAAAGGUCGACGAGACGAACAAACAAUUCAUAAUUUGAGGGAAGAGUUAUCCCGCAUCAAGGUCCAACUAUCUGACUUAAAUCAUCGGUUGUCUCAAUUGCAAGCAUUCCGGAGCUCUGUUGCUCGUCUACUGCAUCUACGAGAUAUUCCACAUGCUGGAAUUUUGCAACGGCUUCAAACAUUAUGCCAUGCUCAUCAGGAAUUCACAACCCUAUCACGGCGAUAUGAUACCACAUCACCGUUGGUGAAUGAACAUCCAUGUCCACGGUUUGAUGAACUUGUACCGCCAACAACUCAAUGCCGUCCACUCAGUUCAAGUUCCAUUCAUAUGCGCAGAUUCGAUGACUCCGGAAUGGACGACCAUUUUGACGAUGAGUUUGAAUUUCACAAGAAAUUCUAGGACUCAUCGUUGCUUAUCAAGCGACGUUCUUUUUUCAUUUCUUCACCGUAAUACUUUUGCAAUAGAGCAUUUCAA